CUUUGUGCGGGGCCGUGCUUCCGCCGGCGCCGCUGUGGGGACUCUGCAAUGGGUCCACUGGCCAUGGAGCAGUGGACUCGCUCAUCGCUGUGUCUGUGGCUGCUGUUGGUACUUUUGUCUCCAGCGCUGGGCCGCCAGAAGGAGUCAGGUUCAAAAUGGAAAGUAUUUAUUGACCAGAUUAACAGGUCUUUGGAGAAUUAUGAAACAUGUUCAAGUCAAAACUGCAGCUGCUACCAUGGUGUCAUAGAACAGGAUCUGACUCCUUUCCGAGGAGGCAUCUCCAAGAAGAUGAUGGCAGAAGUGGUCAGACGGAAGCUAGGGACACACUAUCAGAUCAUUAAGAACAGAUUAUACCGGGAAAAUGACUGCAUGUUUCCUUCAAGGUGUAGUGGUGUUGAACAUUUUAUUUUGGAGGUGAUUGGGCGCCUCCCUGACAUGGAAAUGGUGAUCAACGUACGAGAUUACCCUCAGGUUCCUAAAUGGAUGGAGCCCACCAUUCCCGUCUUCUCCUUCAGCAAGACAUCAGAGUACCAUGAUAUCAUGUAUCCUGCUUGGACAUUUUGGGAAGGGGGACCUGCUGUUUGGCCAAUUUAUCCUACAGGUCUUGGACGGUGGGACCUCUUCAGAGACGAUAUGGCAAGGUCAGCAGCACAGUGGCCAUGGAAAAAGAAAAAUUCUACAGCGUACUUCCGAGGAUCAAGGACAAGUCCAGAACGAGAUCCUCUCAUUCUUCUAUCUCGGAAAAAUCCAAAACUUGUUGAUGCAGAAUAUACCAAAAACCAGGCCUGGAAAUCUAUGAAAGAUACCUUGGGAAAGCCAGCUGCUAAGGAUGUCCAUCUUGUGGAACACUGCAAAUACAAGUAUCUGUUUAAUUUUCGGGGUGUAGCUGCAAGCUUCCGGUUCAAACACCUCUUCCUGUGUGGUUCACUUGUUUUCCAUGUUGGUGAAGAGUGGUUGGAAUUCUUCUACCCACAACUGAAGCCAUGGGUUCACUACAUCCCAGUCAAAACCGAUCUCUCAAACGUGCAGGAACUGUUGCAAUUUGUAAAGGCAAAUGAUGAUGUAGCUCAAGAAAUUGCUGAAAGGGGAAACCAGUUUAUUGUCGACCACUUGCAGAUGGAAGACAUCACCUGUUACUGGGAGAACCUGUUGACGGAGUACUCUAAAUUCCUGUCUUAUAAUGUAACAAGACGGAAAGGCUAUGAUCAGAUUAUCCCCAAAGUUUUGAAAACUGAACUCUAG